GGUUCAUGGGAUGCUCCCAUUCCAAGGAGGAAGGGGUUCUCGGCGCCUGCGCAGUGCAGUACUCCGUUGGCGCAUGCGCAGGGUGAUGGCGGCACCGUGGCUGGGCUGGGAGGCGCCGGGUCGGGCGCUGCGGGGCCUGGCCUGGCUGGGGCAGGAGUUCGCGGCCGACUGGGCGGCUCAAGACCUGCGGGCCGCGCUCUUCCAGCUGCUGCUGCUCUGGCUGGGCCUCAGCCUGCUGGGCAUCCACCUAGCCUGGCGGCUCCAUGGAGGCCGCGUCAGCCGCCUCUGCUGCCGUCCAGGUACGAGCCGAACCGAACCCGCUGGGCUGGGCUGCCGCCCAGCUACCGACCGGGACGAACGGAGCCGGGCCCCGAGCCCCCCACCCUGCCGGCCCGGCUGUGCUGCUGCGCAGGCAGAGGCGGCCAGAACGGAGGGACCCCCGCUGGUGCCUCAUAUUUCCCCACCUGGGACAGCUCAAGCAAUGAGGCUGUGAAGACUCACCGAGAGUGAGGCGCGGACGGAUACGCUGGUGGGCAGGGGCAUACCUGGGACAGCUCCACCCAUGGACUCCAGCGCUUCCAGCCAGGAAAACUGGCUUUGCACCUUCGCUGUGUUGGAGAUUGCAGCCAUGUCACCUGUGGGCUAGCUCCUGGCCAGCAGGGAGCUGUACAGCCAGCUGGCCUGUGCCCAUCCCAGCUGGACUCUGCCAUGUCACCCCUGUGGUCACUUCUGGGGGCAUCUGCACUGCCCCAAAAGCACAUCAGCCCUUCCCCAUACCUGCCCCAGACAAAACAGGCCCCUGCAGCGGCCAUAGGCCUGUGUACAUGGGGGGUGGUGUAUAGUCAGUGCCUCAGCGGUCCUCGUGCCCAGCUUAAAUCCUCCCCAAGCACAUGCCUCUGAGCCCCUCCCUCCAACUUUUGCUACCCCCACCACUGAUGAGCCAAAAGCCUUCCCAGCCCCUUCCAGGAAAAAUUGCCUGAACCCCCCGUUUCCCUGCUGCCAAGCCCCCUCCUCUGCCCUCAGGGACUAUGAGACUCAUGCACCUGUACCACUUUCUGCCCCAGCGGGCAAGGUUGGAGGUCCUGCUCCCUGCUGUUAGAAUUCCUGUGCUCCCUGUGACCCUGGGGCAACUACAGCUGCUCUUCAGAGGGGUGGGAUUCUGCUCCUGGGCACAGGGGAGAUGCAGGGCAGGAUGGCAGCGCUGUCCCACUGGUUACAUGGUGUGGGAGCAGAGAGCUGAGCCGCCUAUCUGGCUGGGAUUUGGUGGUGUGGGGGGCCUUUGGGCAGCACCAGGCUGCUGUUGCCCUGCGCCAUGUCUCAUAGCAGUGUUGGAGUGAUAGCCCACUGGCACCUGGGCAGCAACGCUGCCAGCUUCCACACAGCACUGCAUGUGCCAUCUGCCUGGGCCAGGUGAGGCCUUCCUAGGCCAGUGCCCUCUGCCAAGGUGCCAGCCCUUGGGAUCAGAGCAGGAACAGCAUGCCCAUGGCAAACCCAGCCUAGGGGCCAGGGUGCCCCUUAGAGCAGUAGGAAUAGCUGGCCCCAGGUACUUCCAGACCCAUCUGCAGUGAGCGAGGGUAUCUCCAAGCCCAGGAGGGGGCAGGGCUCAGAGGCAGCACCUGGCUAAUGGCCUGGCAGGCACAGGGUGGCACAACUGGGCUUGGAGCCUGGUACCUGUAUCCCAGGCCAGGCCCUUAGCCCCAGGGCCACCUACUGUCCUUCUGCACUCUGCCAGGCCCUGGCUGAGGGCUCCUGUGACCUGCUGGCUGGAUUAAAUCCCUCUGCUGUGACCAUGCUGCCAUUCCAUUACUUGUGGGGGGGGAGAGGAACUGUGUCCAUUCUGGCUCUCUCUGACCCUGUUGCUGGAGGAGGGGACCCCUGCUCCUCAGGGAGAUGCUGUCCUAGCUGGCGGAUGCUGUUGCUCUUCAGGCACUUGGAGCAGCUGCCUUGAACCACUUACCCUCUUCCAGGCAGGGAUGGGGGCUCCCUGGCCUCAUCCCCUGCUGGGGGCAAGGGCAGGAGCAUGAAGCAUACAAAAUCAGGGUUGGACAGGACCUCAUCUAGUCCAGCCCCCUGCUCAAAGCGGGACCAAUCCCCAGACAGAUUUCCCCCCCCCCCCCAGAUGCCUAAACCCUGGGUUUAGCAGGCCAGUGCUCAAACCACUGAGCUAUCCCUCCCCCCAAGCAGGUGCAUGCCCUACCAUGCCAGGGGGAGGAGCAUGCCCCCAUAACUGCUUUAAAACAGGCCUGUGGCUGGG